AUGGCUAGUCUGGAUAAGCUUGCCAUCAGAGGCAUACGCUCGUUCGACGACAAGCACAUUGCGGUCAUCCAGUUCUUCCCCGUCACUGUCAUCGUCGGCGCUAACGGCUCGGGCAAGACAACGAUCAUCGAGUGCCUCAAAUAUGCCACCACCGGCGACCAGCCUCCGAACACACGCGGAGGUGCCUUCAUCCAUGAUCCCAAGAUGGCGAACGAGAAGGAGGUGAAGGCGCAGGUGAAGCUGCGGUUCAACGCAGCCAACGGCGUCAAGAUGCUAGCCGUGAGGAAUCUGUCAGUCACAAUGAAGAAGACGGGCGGUAUGACCAUGAAGACCUUGGAAAGUCUGCUGGGGUUGGCUGAGGCUAAUCCGGAGAAUGGGAAGCGAGGUGUUAUAUCUACUAAAUGCGCCGAGAUGGACGUCGAGAUCCCUCAUCUACUCGGUGUUAGUAAGGCGGUCCUUGAGAAUGUCAUUUUCUGUCAUCAAGAGGACUCUUACUGGCCUCUUGCCGAGGCAGCAACUCUGAAGAAGAAGUUUGACGAUAUCUUCGAGGCGACAAGAUAUACGAAGGCCCUGCAAGCAAUCAAGGAUCUCAGGAAGGAGCGCGCUGCUGAGCUGAAGACUGACAAAGAACGUCUUGAAUCGCUCUCGCGAGAGAAAGGACAUGCAGACAAACUUAAGGGUAGGAUAUCGGACUUGAGUGCUGCUAUCGCGGGCAAGGAGAUCGAAUACGAAGAAACACAAGCGGAGUACGAGCGGCUGGUCAUCAUCAACAAGAAGUUCCACGAUCAAGCUCACCAGUUCAAGGAGAUGUACAUGAAGAUACAAGGCGCGCAAGAACGCAGAAAACGGUACCACGAGGAACUUGCUGCCGCCAAGGAGAAUCUGCAGGAGAUCGAAGGCACCGAUCAGGAGUUGGAGGACCGUUUGGCCAACUUCGGAACGCAUAUACAGCAACAGAAGAAUAAACGCAGGCAGGAGGAGAACAAACGUCAGGACGUCGACGAGGAGGUUGUAGCCAUGCGUCGAAAACAUGUUGCUUUGAUAUCAGAGCUGGGAGAGCUUAGGAAUCAGGAAAAACUCCAAGAGGAUCGUAUUGUCGAACGCGACCAGAUGAUACGAGACAUAGCCGCAAAGUACGGCAUCAAAGGCUAUGAUCACUCGCCACUUGAACGAGAUAAGGUGCUGGAAUUUCUCAGCCGUCUUGGUGACCUGCAACGAAGACAAAAUGCGGAAACUGAAAACGUUCAGAACGAGGCACGAUUGAAGAGUGAAGAAUACAAUCGGCGCUCUCGGCAAAUGCAUGGCGCUUUGGAGGCUCUUAAAGCCCAGAAGAAUACGAUCCGCACCCAGAUUACCAAUCUACAGGCUUCUGUGGCCGCAGCGGAGCGAACCGUCGAAGAAUCGCACGACCUCAGUACUGAGCUGAAGACCCUGGAGGCAGACAUCGAGGAGAAGAAGGCACGUAUCGCAAAGAUCGAAGCAGAGAUCAAGGCAGCGAAUUACGACCGGAAACUGGCGGAUCAUGCUGCCAAGGCUCGCCAGACGGAAGAUCUCAGGGAGCAAUUGAACGCUGAGAUGACUUCGCUGAGUCGCCAAGCUGACACCCGUGCUCGUCUGGACCUUAAGCGUUCGGAGUUCAAGACGAAAUCAACGGAAGUCAAACAUUCGUUGAGCACCAGCAAUCCGAAGUUUCGUAAGCUCGUUGGUAAGGAUGCUUUGGCAGACACGAUGGAGCGGGAUUUAGACAACGUCACGCUGGAAAAGGAGCGCGAGCACACAGAGCUCGAAGCGGAGUCACAGGCAGCGAACAGGGCUCUUCAGCAGGCCGAAAACUUGAUAUCAAACUUGAAAUCACAGAUCAAGGCCAAGCGCGAUGAAGUGAAAGACCUCAAUAAACGCGUGCGCGAGGCCCUGCGGGACUCUGAGUCCGACUCCAUUGCUCAGGGCAUCAAGGACGCCAGCGAUGAAAUUACGUACAGACAAGAGAGCAUCGGUAACUCUGACGGGUUGGGACAAGCCUAUGAGAAUCUACUGAAGACCGGUUUGGCCAAGAAGACGUGCACUGCCUGCAACCGCGGACUGAAUGAUAGCGAGCUCAAGAUCUUUGAGAAAUUCCUACGGGAUAGGAUCAAAUCGUCCUCGCCAGAGAGUAUCGCGACGGUGAAAACAGAGUUGGCCGAGUGGCAAGCUGAACUGGACCGCCUGCGGGAAUGCCUUCCCCUCGAAGUAUCUAGGGACAAGUUGAAGAACGAAGAUAUUCCUGCUUUGGAGCAGCAGAUCAAAGAACAGGAAAACUUACUGCCAGCUCUGAGCAACACUGCCGAACAGGCUCUCGAGCGCCUGAGUGCUGCGAAGACGGAGCUGCGAGAAUUAUCUUUGCUCAAGCAACAAGCGAACAUGAUCUCAAGGACUCAGAGGGAAUGCGAGCGCCUGAAUCGCGAGGUAGCCGAAAUUGAGAAAGAGCUUUCGGUCACUGGCUCGACAAAGACUGCUGAUGACGUACAAGCAGAACUCGAUGAGCUUACUUUAUCCAUGCGCUCUAAUGCCCGUGAACAACAAAUGCUAGCAACCGAACGCGAUAGGCAGCUGAACGCCGAGCGGACUCAUGAAAAGGACUUGCACGAGAUGGAGAAGCGGGAAGGUGGCCUGCGCAAUCAAAUACUGCAGAUCGAGUCUACGAAUCAAAGACUGGAAGGCAUGAGGAAAGAGAUCGCUGACUUGACGUUGCGAAGCAAGUCUGUGGACUCAGAGAUUGCAGAUGCGAAAGCGCCGAUCGACCAACUCGACCAAGAGUUCAAGGAGCAACAGAGGGAGCUCGACGUCAAGAUUGCUCAAGCGCAACAGAAGUCGCAAGAGCUCAACAUUAUUGUUGACAAACUCAAUCGCGUGGGCCGAGACAUCGAACGCUAUGUUCGCGAGAAACACUCCAGGCGACUGCAAGAGGCAGAAGAGCAGAUACAGUCCAUAGAGUCUGAGAUUUCACGGCUUACCCAGGAAAGUGAGAAUAUUCGCGAAGCCAUCGCAGAAAUCGACAAGGAGAUGAACGAGGGCGGUGCGCGCAUCGCGAGUUUGCGCGAGAAUCUUCGGGUGCGCAAGCUGGCCCGAGACAUCAAGGAGACCGAGCAGGAGAUCAAGAGCUACGACAUCGAGAGUGCUGCGAAGGCGCAAAGGCAGUUCGAAGACAGGUACAGCACAGAGAAGAAGAGGGAGACAGAUAUGCAGAACAAGGCUGGUCUUUCCGCCGCUCACAUCGGCGGAGAAUUGAGCUCCAGCAAAGCGCAGCUGAAGACCCUGGAACGCGACUUGAAGGAGUACAAGGACGUCAACAAGAAAUACACCGAGCAGCUGAUCAAAGUCAAGAUGUCCGACAUGGCAAAUAGUGAUUUGGAGAAGUACGCUAAGGCUCUCGACAACGCUAUCAUGAAGUACCAUUCACUCAAGAUGGAAGAAGUGAACGAUAUCAUGCGUCAUCUAUGGAACAAGACUUACCAAGGAACCGAUAUCGACGGCAUCAAGAUCCGGUAUGAUGCAGAAGGCGGCGCCUCGAAACGUUCAUACAACUACCGUGUCGUCAUGACCAAAGAUCAGGUCGAGAUGGACAUGCGCGGAAGGUGUUCCGCUGGACAGAAGAUGCUGGCCUCUAUCAUCAUCCGCUUAGCUCUCAGCGACUCGUUCGGUCAGAACUGCGGGAUAUUGGCCCUCGACGAACCAACGAAUGCUCUCGACACGGAGAACAUUGAUGCGUUGGCUGCGAGUCUAGUCGACAUCAUCAACGAACGCAAAACCCAGUCCAAUUUCCAGCUGGUCAUCAUCACCCACGACGAAAACUUCCUGAGGAAGUUGGGUCAAAGCGAAGUCAUGGAGCAUUAUUGGCGCGUCUCUAGAGAUUCAAGGCAGAAGAGCGUCAUCGAGCGGCAACGGUUCCGCUGA